CAGUAACUGAGUCAUCUCAGCUCUUGAUUUCAUACAAAAAAAAAAAAAAAGCAAACAAAAAAAAAAACACAGCACAUCACCCUGAUUGGACAUGAUUUUGAAGUCAGCUUUCAGUUGUUGCCCGAAUAUUUUCUGUGUCACCUGUAUGUAGUGAGAGAGCAAUUAGAUGUUAAUACCUGUGCAAAUGCACAUAGGCAUGCAAAAAACACCCCUCACCCCUUGCACACACACACUGUACAGAGGCUGAACUGAAGUAGCUAUUAAAAACUGCAUGUCGUCAGGAAAACAGAAGUUAAAGAUCUUCCUUGUAUCUCUGAGAAAAUUUUAAUCGCUGGACAGGCCAAAAAGAGGAAAAGCUGCAAAGCAUUUGUCAUGCAAAUUAAUCUUUUCCAGUGUCUCUUCCCGCACACACGUUGCAAAUGUUGCGUUCACUAGUAGAGAAACAAUCUUUUUGCAUCAAGAAGUCUAUCGUAGAGCAACCAUUCACAGUAACACAACUUUUUCAGUGUAUAUAUGCAGCUGUUUGAGGAGUUUUCAAGGCAGGAGUUUGAACAACUGGAAUUUCUUUUGUCCUAAAGAGCUGUCAACAGAGAGAUGGAUUUGUGUGUGUGUUUUAACCAUUUGUGAAUCCACUCACUGAUGUUCUUCACUAUCUGGUGGCCAAAUGGGUACACUGCAGGACAUCAAAGUGCUUCUUGAAAAGUAUUUAUUCAUUACAGAGAUACUCUAUACCUAGAGAAAUGCACACUGAUAUUUUUUUUAUGUUUAGCUAAAACAUGGAUGCCAGCUGGAAAGGAAGGUUAUUUCAAGGCCCCAGUUUGGCAGGAAACUUUUUCUAGUUUGCUUUCAGGACCAAGGCAGCUCUGUGAGGGCUGCCUGCGAAAGUUUGCAGGGGAUUUGUGCUAAUGGAAGAAAAGCUCAAGAGUGAAAUACCAGAUGAGUCCAUGACAUGCAAAAUAAAACUUGGUCUAAGUGCAGGGAGAGUAAAAUGGAAAGACAGAUGGAAGAAGGAAGAGAAAGGAGGUCUUUGCUUUAUUUUUCUGUUUUCUUUUUCCAAUUGGUAUUGAGGCUUCCAGACGUGGGUUCCUCACCACUUGGAUGCUCUACGUCCUUUGUGCCAAAGCACGAUGUGGGAGCAGGCUGCCAGCUUCUCAAACAUCCCAGCUUGGUGGCACCAACACAGAUGACUGUUCUCUCUGUCAGCCUGCACAGUGUUUACGGGCUGUAGCCUGUGUGGGAGAAGAGCCUUGUCAUCGCAGUUCUAAGGGAUUUCAUCAGGCCCAAGCUGUGUUUGAGGCAUCACUGCAGGAAUGAAUCACUCAGCUGUUUGAUGCAGUGACCCUGCUGAGGAAGUCUGUGCUGCCUCAGAUUGCUUCGUGGAGUCAGCUGUGCUGAGCCCUGCCUUGAUAAGUGACAGGUGCUACUAGGCUAGUAUUGUCUGUUGCUGCUUACAGUGUUGAAUUUCCUGCAGAACUGGCCUGUCAGAGGAUCGGGAUUGUCUUUCCUGUCUCAUUUAUCAGGCUCAGACUCUUUCUAUAAUGGCAUAAUUAACAGAACUGUAAGCUUCUUUUUCCUAUUAGCUGCACGUGCCAAAAAUGCUGCCGUUUUGGGAGGAGACCCUAUGUUUGCGUGGCUUCUGGGCACCCCUGCAUCAGGCUUAGUGGGGGCACCGGCUCAGCAGAGAGGAGAGAGAAAUGCUAAAGACUGGGACCUGCGUUUGCAAAGGACAGAGCAUUGCCUUGCAUGUGAUCCUGGCUGCUGGAACCACAUCAUGAUGCCUUGCAGUGCAUCACUUGAGUCUAGCUGUCCAUGAGCCACCAAACCCUCUCCCUGCUUCGCAGCAAUCUGUUCUCCACACCUGGGUGCACUUUGUCACUAAUGGUUGGCUGGGACUUGAGCGCCUCCCCAGAAUCUGACACCCGUUUUCUUCUGAAAUACCUGGGUAGCCUGCAGCGUACCUGAUGGCAACAAGGUCCAUUUAAAAUGAUGGGAUGCAAGCCUGUGGAAAAGAUGAGUGUCCUGGCAAAACACUACUUUUAAUCUGGGAAGGAAGCAUAUUGUUGGCUGACAGUCAGUGCACAAAGUGUCCCUGUGGGCACUGAAAACUCCCACCUUCCUGACGAGGUGUGCUGUUGUUUCCCAGCAGUGCCCAAGAUCACACAGGAGUGCAUCAGCAACCUGAGCAGGGGGCAUGCGAGCAGCCAGGCCACUGGCCCAACUCGUCCAAUAGCCAGUCAGCAACAGCAGGCGGUGCCAAAGGCUCCCAGAGGAGGUCUGAGAGAUGUGGUGGCAGGCAGGCAGUGCCAGCUAUCCAGAAGGACAGAGCAGGAGAGGAGAGGAAGAUAGCGGCGGAGAACACAAAGCCAGGGCUGACUGCUGUGGUGAAAGCCCAACUGGAACCAGUGGUGUUCCAAAUGGACAAAAACCAAUGCAGGUCCACACCCAGAGUGGCAAUGUGUAAAACUGGAUGCAAGUUCUACAGAAAACAGCUAAACAUCUCCACAGUUCCAUAGAUCUGAGAAAACGUUGCCUAAGUAAGCAGGAAUGUGAUCUCCGGCGACAUGAGGGCGAUGGACGCCAGCCGCCUGCGGGCCCGCAGUCUGCUGCUCUUCCUCGGUUACCUAUUGCAAGCAGUCAUGGGCACAACAGUGAUCCCAUUAUGUGAACCAGGUGAAAUGGAAAACUGCACAACAGCACUAAUCCAAACGGAGAACAGUCCUCGUGUGGCUCAAGUUGGGAUAACCAGAUGCAAGCCUGAAAUGAAAGAUUACUGCUUCCACGGACAGUGCGUGUACAUAGUGGACUUGGAUGAGCACUACUGCAGGUGUGAUGUUGGUUUCUCUGGUGUCCGUUGUGUGCAUUCAGAACUUGUCAGACAACCCCUCAGCACGGAGUAUGUAGCACUGACAGUCAUCCUAAUUCUGCUUUUCCUCAUCGCCAUCUCCAUUGCAAGCUACUACAUCUGCAGAAGAAACGUGUUAAUUCCAUGCAACUUGAGCAAGCUUGGGAAUAACCUUCUGGAGUUAAGAACGAAAGACAUCGUUCAGUAUCAGCGAAGCAGCUCCUGCUCUCCCAUACCAGCUCCUGCAUUCAUCUGAAACCAGUUCAUUUCCCACAGUGUAGGUGAGUUACCUCUUACCAUGGCAAAGGAACAGAGCUGAGCUCUACAUUUCAGGGAAAGCCUUUGGUGGAGACCAAAGCUCAGUGCUCAGUGGUGCAUUUGGUACCUCCAGGUCCCUCCUUCCCCACUGGAUGCAGACGUGUUCCCACUGAAACCUCUUGGGUGUAGCCCACAGGGACAGGAGGAAGCGAUGCAUAUGCUUGUGCGUUGGUCAAUUUGAAUCUGAGUGGAAUGAGACUUUUUGUGAGCAAAGCACAGCCUGUGUGAGUACAAGACACGAACCCCACUCACCGUGGAGACUCAGUUUUCCUUCAGAGCAGUGUGUCCCCAUGCAGUCAGACCAGGAGAACCCAAACAUGCCAAGAGGACAGUUUUGUAGCAUGCCAAUGUAAACAGGUUUCCGUCCAAGGACUUCAAGAAUAUUUUUUUUUCCUACAUAAAGGCAAAGUUACUUGCAGAAGGAAAUGAGACUGUGCUUAGGAAGCCUUCUUCACAGCAUGAGUAUGUAAUCUUUAUGCAAACAAGACCUUACUCAUGUGGUGUGUCUCAGCAGUCCUCUCCUGGGAAAGCUUUGGCUCCACAUUCCAGCCUGCUGGGGACAGACACAACACGCGAGGAGGAAGGUGCAUGAGGUGCACAGGUUUCACUGACAGAUGGACAUGUGAGGCUGGAAGCAGCAUCACAAGGCACUCGCUCACUGGUCCCACUUCAUCAUGGUGAAAUGACCACCCAAAUUGCUAGGGCUGACUUAGUCCGGUGGCGCAUUUGUAGUUUGUCACAUUUCAUGUUUAUUUGCUAGUACAAUUAAUUAAAGGCAGCCGACGUCAGGAGGGCACGGGACUUGUAGCCAAAUGCAGGUACUACUAGCUAACAAUGGGAUUUUCAAGGAAGCAUAACAAACAUGCCCAUGAAAUACAGUGUUCUCUUCAACUUCUUUGCUUACUCAUGGCCUGUGAAAAAAACAAAAUCCAGAGUGAUCUACGUAAUCAUUGUUGUGCGUAGGAAGGCUUGCCCGGGCUUUGUUCUGGGGAAAAAUCUAGCUUUGGCAAAGGUGAGAGGAAAGGAAUUUCUAAUUGCUUUAGGCUUCUCUUUGUGAUUCAUUGUUUCUUCACAU